GAAAGUAAACAGCUGGGAAAUAAUUUGUAUGUUUAUAUUAAAUCUGUGUGGAAGCAGCAUAAUAUACAGUAAAUAAAUAAAUCCAUAAAAAAUACUUCUUUUAAAGCAAUAGAAAAAUAAUUUACUCACUUUCAGGCCUUCUGAGAUGUAGCUAACUUUCUUUCUUCACUCUAAGAGGAAUAGUAAAGGAAACUAUUCAUUAAAAACAUUAAAAAUCUUUUGACUGGUAGUGUAUGUUAUUUAUUUCAUUUAUGGUUGGUGUUUUUAUGAUGGAAUUUUAUGGAAUGUUUGAUGCAUGUUAAGUUCCCUUGGGAUAACCUUGCUGGAUGUGUGGCCAUGUGUGAACUUUUGCUAAAUAAAUUAUGUUUUGCAAUAAACUUUUCUGUAUAGCUAGCAAGUACUUAAAGGAGUAGUUCACAAAUUUUGAGAGAAUCCUGAUAAUUUUUGAGGAAAACAUUACAGGAUUUUUCUCCAUAUAGUAGACUUCAGUGGUGGCCAACGGGUUAAAGGUCUAAAUUGCAGUUUCAGUGCAGCUUUAAAAGGCUCUACACGAUUCCAUCUAAGGAAUAAGGGUCUUAUCUAGUGAAACGAUAAAAAAACGCUCCAGUUACUGACGUUACCUCGGUUCCCUGAGAUAAGGGAGCGAGCGUUACGUAGACUGCAUUUGGGGAAAACUCCUGUUUUACUCUGUACUGAAGCCUGAUUUGUUCACGUUUAUGUAGCUGCACAAACCAAUGGCGCUUUAGCCCAUCAGAAAGGGCGGAGCCGACCUCUAUAUAAGUUGGCUUGCAGCGCCAUUCAUCACAUCAUUCGACUGAAGUGACAGUCAUCGAUUCGCAUGCAGCUAGUGACGCAACGCGUCAGGGAACUGAGGUUACGUCAGUAACCGAAACGUUCCCUUUCGAACAGGCUUUCUCGUUGUGUAGACUGCAUUUGGGGAACGUAUCCAAUCACAUCACGCACUUAAGCAGAUGAAGAACCAUCCACUCUGCGAGCCCAGUCUUGAAGCGCUAAAAAAAGGGCCUUCCAGAAGACAUGAGCAUAACAUGUCCCAGCUACCUGGCAAGGAACAAACAUAACCCUCCUCACACCAAGGGGAAAGAGUGGAUAGUUAAACAGAGAAAACCCGCGCUUAUAUGGGCAGAUACGUCCAAGUUAUAGAAUCUGGUAAAGGUAGACAGCGACGACCAGCCAACGGCCGCACAAAUCUCAUCAAUAGAAAUCCCGCCAGACCAUGCCCAGGAAGAGGCCAUACUCCUAUAGGACAUUGGAAGCCUACUGCAGCAUAAGCCAAAGCUAUAGCAUCAACUAUCCAGCGGGAAAUUCAUUGCUUUAAGACCGGCAACCCUUCUGCUCACUUUCUGCAAUGGGGAGCGCCAAAAGGGUAACCACCUGGGCUCUGAACGGAGUCGAAAGCACCUUAGGGACAUAACCAUGUCUUGGUUUCAGAAUGACCAUGCAGGCUGGGAUCGUGUAGAGCUUUUUGAAGCUGCAUUGAAACUGCAAUUUGGACCUUUAACCCAUUGGCCACUGUUGAAGUCCAUUAUAUGGAGAAAAAUCCUGGAAUGUUUGCCUCAAAAAAACUUAAUUUCUUUGUGACUGAAGAAAGAAAAUCAUAAACAUCUUGAAUGACAUGAGGGUGAGUAAAUUUUCAGGACAUUUUCAUUCUGGAAGUGAACUUGUUUAAGAUUGUCUUGCCUCGGUUUUGUUACUUCCAGUUAUUGCAAAUGAAAUGAUCAUCUGCCACUGGUUGGCUAAAAACUGUUGCUGUGUUAAAGUUUCUUCUUCAAAGCAGUUUUGAAAGCACCACAGAAUCACAGUCUUUAUACUUUUCUGAUAAUGGAUUACUUUCUCUUCAUUUUAACCUAUAGAUAUGAAAGAUUGUAUUGUAAAAAAUAUACACACUUUAGCUAUAAUGAAUGAUUUUCUAAAAAAGACUAAAUAAGACAUAAUAUGUCACCCAAAAAAAGGCUUAUAAUUUUUACCUGUUUACAUUCACAUGUAUGCAGAUAUUACAAUACAGCUGUCGUACAAUGAUAUACAGUAAGCCUAAUGUAAACUAAGAGAGUUCUCUGUGUAAACACAGGGAAAUGGCUCUCUUUUCAUCUAACCACUAUUAUUCUGUUCAUGAAUCCAUGACUGCAAAGAUUUAGAGCAAUAAAGAUACUGUCAAAUAUUCACAACACGAAGGUCAGCCUCAACGACGGGGGCGUUGCAGUUCGAGGUACAAAGGUAGUUUCUUUAAGAGCAACACCUGCAGGACUCUAGUUACAGAGGAACAAGGAAAUGGAAAAUAAGCAGCUGAUCAACCUUAGGCUAACCGUGCACUGACGACGAUUUAUGCCAUGGGAAGCAGUGUAACCAAAGCAAUGAAUAAAUGGCGAAUAAAUCCAAGAAAACUUUCACAAAAACGGGCAAAAGGAAAAGAUCCACCUGUGGUUCCUCCACAUCAGCAUACAGCACAUGUUGAUGCUCAUGUGUAUGACCUCGUGUCGGACGAACCACAGUAUGCCCAAGUGAAUAAAAAACGGAAGCAGAACGAUGAUGGUUUACACUACGCAGAGAUUCAAGUCCUACAGCAUGAAAAUGCGAACAGCAGAAAAUUUAAACAGACUCCAAACUAUGACAGCACAGAGUAUGCAACCAUAGUUACCUCUACUAUGAAUACACAGACGUCAACUGAACCUGCAGAUUUAUUCAUCCCACCUGGAGAACUACAGAGACCAAAUAUGAGCUUUUCCCACAAGAGGAAUGUCCACUCAAAGCGAGCAGUCAUGGCGUGAACAAACAAAACCACAUUUUUUUUUUUCUGUUUACUUUUGUACAUUCUAACCUGCUCUAUUACUACUGUGCCCUUGAACAAGGCAUUUAAGUGUGCAAUUCGUACUCAUUAAAAGUGAUUGCCAUAUGAGGCUGUUUGAAUAAAAUGUACAAUCACUAUCAUUUCUGCAAAUCAAAAUGUAUUUUUAACAUCAACUGAUUUGGUCCGUUAAUAGUACAGCCUGUCUAGUCUUGUGUAGCCAGUUUUUCCAGCUAAACUCUGGUCCACUUUGUGGUUUAUUUUGAUUAAAGUGGGCAAGAGGUUAAAGUGGGCUUUUGUACUGUUUCGUACAAAAUUCUCUGAAAUGUACUUCUUUCUAAGUCAAUUAUACUGUACAUCACAGUCAGGUCAAAACAAAGCAAGAUGCCAUUACUCACCAAUACAGUUUCAGGAAGUUGUUGCUGUCUUGGAAAUCAGGAUGGGCUUGUCAGUCCCAGUUGGAAGUCCAGCGAAGCUUUAGUGGUUAUUUUGGCUGUCUAAAAUGCACCUUAGUAGAGGCUAAUCAUGCUUAUGAAUGAUAUUCCAAGUUCUUUGUACACAACAUCAGUGAUUAUAUUUGUUCUGUAUAGAAUAUGAACAUGUUCUUCAAUACGACUAUAACAUAAUAUAUAGUUUAAUUACUGUGUCUAAGAAAUGGACACCAUUU